GGCCGCCAGUCGUCACGUCACCACUCACCAACCAACCACGACGACGCCACGACGACGCAUGUCGCCAUCGCCGGCGGUUUCCAAACCACCAUCACACGUUUUUUUUCUUCUUUUUACGGGGCGGAGACUAUUAGCUAUAGAUCACCGCCUCUACCUAAACAUUCGCGCUCCUUCUCUUACCUUGGUUGGUUCUAUCUCUUCUUAACCACCACCUGUUCGUUUUUCUCUCUGCUUGCGUAGUUGCGUCUCCCCCUCCGCCCCGCCCCUCUCCAUUUGGCAGCAGCCAGAGCCACGCGCGCGCGCCGGCCUCCCUCCUCGCGACCUCCUGGCCCGCUGAUCUCUGGCCGGCCGUCGUCGGUGUAACCAUGGCGGCGGCGGCGGCUUUCGUCGUCGUCGUUGUCCAACUCCAAGCAUCAUCAGGAGUUUCGUUCGCCCUGCAGUCUCCGUUCCGUGAUGAGCUGCUCGCCGUUUGAAGCUGGUCGCGGAAACUAAACCGGCCGCGCGCGGGUUCAGAGACACAUGGACAAGAGCGGCGGCAGCAGCAGGAAGACGAGGAGGAAGAAGAAGUCUCUCUUCCCAAAACUCCACGGAGCAGAAGAUGAUGUUGGGAAUAAUGAUGCCUCGCCGAGACGUCUCGCCGCAGUUGCUGGCUUGAAGGAGUCCCCUGAACGGUGGUCAGUGGCAGCAGUGGCUUCCCCGUCAGCGUCAGCGUCGUCCUCAUCCUUCUUCAAAAGCCUUUCGGAGAGCAGGAGUCUAAAGUUUGGCGGCGGUUUCGGUUCGCCUGCACCAGCCAGCGCCGCUGCUCAUACGGAAGCUUUCAGGGUGUUUGCAGCCACAUGGAACGUAGCCGGGAAGGCCCCGGACAAGGGUCUAAGUCUCAACGAUUUCCUGCCUUCUGAUGACUACUCGGACAUUUAUGUGCUAGGGUUCCAGGAAGUGGUCCCGCUGAACGCCGGCAACGUGCUGGUGAUCGAGGACAACGAGCCGGCGUCGAGAUGGCUGGCGCUCAUCAACCAGGCGCUGAACCGGCCGUCGCCGCCUUCCGACGCCUCCGCGGCAUCGGAAGCUCCAGCGACCAGCUGCUCGUUCAGCCGGUCGUCCCUGGACACGGCGGCGGCGGCGGUGGCUGUGCAGACGCCGGCGACGCCGAGCGCCAGCCCGCUGGACCCAUCCCGGUUCCACAAGGCCUCCAACAGGGAGAUCCGGCGCGCCGCCAUCACCCGCGGGCGGCGGCUCAAGGCGUGCACGUGCCCGUCGCCGGACCACCAGCACCGUCGCCGCCGCCGCCGGCGCCUGCCGCUGAGGGCGCCCUGCCUGAUGGGCUGCGGCGGCAGGGGCGCGAGCGCCGCAGCCGUCGAGGGCGACGACACGACGACGACGUCCGACGAGGAGGACGAGGAGGUCAGGGCCAGCAGCUUCGCGGCGUCCGACGUGACCAAGAGCCCCGCCGCCGCUGCCGCCUGGGCGGCUGCGGGUGCGGGGGCGCCGGGCCGGCGCGAGAGGUACUGCCUGGUGGCGUGCAAGCAGAUGGUGGGGCUGUUCGCGACGGUGUGGGUGAGGCGCGGGCUGGUGCCCCACGUCGGCCACGUCCGCUUCUCCUGCGUCGGCCGCGGCAUCAUGGGCUACCUCGGCAACAAGGGGUGCAUCUCGGUGAGCAUGUCGCUGCACCAGACGAGCCUGUGCUUCGUGUGCAGCCACCUGGCGUCGGGGGAGAAGGAGGGGGACGAGCUGAGGCGGAACUCGGACGUGGUGGAGAUCCUCAGGAACACGCAGUUCCGCCGCCUCUGCAAGCGCUCCGGCCGCCGGAUACCCGAGCGGAUCCUCGACCACGAUCGUGUGAUCUGGCUAGGCGACCUCAACUACCGGAUCGCUCUGAGCUACACGGAGGCCAAGAAGCUCGUCCAGGCCAACGACUGGGCCGCUCUCUUCGAGAAGGAUCAGCUCAAGACUGAAAGGGAGAGCGGGGUGUUCAGAGGGUGGAACGAGGGCAAGAUCCUCUUCGCCCCGACGUACAAGUACUCGUGGAACUCCGACACCUACGCCGGCGAGGACGUGUCGUCCAAGAAGAAGAGGAGGACGCCGGCAUGGUGCGACCGCAUCCUCUGGCACGGCGAAGGGAUAGUGCAGCUGUCCUACAUCCGCGGCGAGUCCAAGUUCUCCGACCACCGCCCUGUCUGCGGCGUGUUCAUCGUCGAGGCCGCGGUCGUCCCCGACAGCAGCCGCCUCGUCAAGUUCGCCUCGGGCCCCAACAUGAAAGUCGGCGCGGAGGAGCUCCUGCUCGCCUCCUCCAAGUAUGAUCUAUAGCAGCGCAUGGCAAUCCAAAGCAGCGGCCCUACUAGAGAGACUCAGGAAGGCUAACCGAAAAAAUGAUCAAGGACCACACCACACGCCGUUCUGUUCAUUGCUAUUACUUCAAGAACCAAGACUGCUCGCUCCCAUCCACAGAGUACCAUCAGUACAGACUACAGAGUACAGCACUGAUACAGCAUCUUCAUUCUAUAUAUGGGCCGUGAUUCAUUUGAUUUUAUUAACUUAAAGUUGAUGUUUUUUUCUUCUCCAUUUCAAGAGGGAAACAAAAAUGCAGUCUUGUGCAUGUUUAUGCAAUGCCCAUACACGUCUGACUGGCAAAUGAAAUAGUUGCAUAAAUAUAUGGAGUAUGGUAUUGUGCUUUC